GGCAGCGAUGGCAGGUGAGAGAGCAGGCCGAGAAUGAACGCCACAUUUUAGACUCUCGGGCUUUUUUUUCAUGAACGGUGUGACUUAUUUCUGCAGAAAAAGGAGAAUUUGAGAAACCCAAGAAGAAAUCCGCCUCCAUCUUUGGUUACCCCAUAAGCAUCUUCUUCAUUGUGGUCAAUGAGUUCUGCGAGCGUUUCUCUUACUAUGGCAUGCGAGCCGUGCUGGUUCUGUACUUCAAGUACUUCCUGGGAUGGGACGACGACUUCGCCACCACCAUCUACCACACCUUCGCCGCCCUCUGCUACCUGACGCCCAUCCUGGGAGCCAUCGUGGCCGACUCGUGGCUCGGCAAGUUCAAGACCAUCAUCUACCUGUCCAUCGUCUACGCGGCGGGACAGGUGAUCCUGGCGGUGAGCGCCAUCCACGACAUCACGGACACGGACAGGGACGGCACGCCGGACAACAUGACCUUCCACAUAUCUCUGUCCAUGGUGGGUUUGCUGCUCAUCGCUUUGGGAACGGGAGGCAUCAAACCCUGCGUGGCUGCUUUUGGUGGAGACCAGUUUCAGGACCAUCAGGAGAAGCAGAGGGGAACCUUCUUCUCCAUCUUCUACCUGUCCAUCAACGCCGGCAGCCUGCUGUCCACCAUCAUCACCCCUGUGCUCAGAGCUCAGGAGUGUGGCAUCCACAAACAGAGGGAGUGUUACCCGCUGGCCUUUGGGGUCCCCGCCGCUCUCAUGGUGGUCGCUCUGAUCGUCUUCAUCGUCGGAAGUGGGAUGUACACUAAAACCGCCCCUCAGGGCAACAUCAUGGUGAAGUUCUGCAGAUGCGUCGGGUUUGCCAUCAAGAACCGCUUCAGGCAUCGCAGCUCCGCCUACCCCAAGAGGGAGCACUGGAUGGACUGGGCUGAGGAGAAAUACGAUAAACUCCUGAUUGCUCAGGUGAAGAUGGUGCUGAAGGUGCUGUUCCUCUACAUCCCUCUGCCCAUGUUCUGGGCUCUGUUCGACCAGCAGGGCUCCAGAUGGACCCUCCAGGCCACGACCAUGAACGGAGACUUUGGGCUUCUGACAAUCCAGCCCGAUCAGAUGCAGACCAUCAACCCCAUCCUGAUCCUGGUUCUGGUGCCCAUCAUGGACAGUCUCAUCUACCCUCUGAUCGCCAAGUGCAACUUAAACUUCACUGCACUGAAGAGGAUGACCGUGGGCAUGUUCCUCGCCGCCCUGGCGUUCGUCUGCGCCGGCCUGAUCCAGCUGCAGAUCGAUGAAACGCUGCCGAAGUUCCCCUCCGGCGCCGAGGCCCAGGUGAAGUUCAUCAACAUGAUCGAGGGAGAGGCGAUCAGCGUCAACGCCGGCGGCCACGUGUACGAGCUGAAACCCUUCGACGCCUCCGCCGACUACCUGACCUUCGCCGAACCCUUCAACCUGUCUGUGGGCGGCGGCGCUCCUUACCUCCAGGAUUUACCCGACGCCAGCAGGAACACCAUCAUCUUCCGGAAGGACGGCGGAAACCCGCGGCCUCAGAGGUUCUCAGACAUCACAGCAAAGCCUGAGAAAGGGGCGAAUUCCAUCAGGUUCCUGAAUGGCUGGACGUCAAAGCUGAAUGUGACGGUGGGGGAGUCCAGCUUCGGGGACAUCGUCGCCAACAACAUGUCUGUCUACGUUAGCGUAGGUCAAGGAGAACCUCAGUUUAAGAUCAUGGAUGCGUCCGGAAACGAGUGCGUUUUCACUCAAAGCCUGGGCUUCGGCAGCUCCUACACCAACGUCAUCCCGCCCACCUUCGCCUUUGGAGAAAAUUGUGCAGCGAGCAUCCGCCCCAUCAUGGACAUCAGUCCCAACUCCGUCCACAUGGCGCUGCAGAUCCCGCAGUACUUCCUCAUGACCGCAGGGGAGGUGGUCUUCUCCGUCACCGGCCUGGAGUUCGCCUACUCACAGGCGCCCAGCAACAUGAAGUCGGUGCUGCAGGCUGGUUGGCUGCUCACCGUCGCCUUCGGCAACAUCAUCGUGCUGAUCGUGGCCGAGGCCGCCACGCUGGAGGAACAGUGGGCCGAGUACAUCCUGUUCGCCUCCCUGCUGGUGGUGGUGUGCGUCAUCUUCUCCGUCAUGGCCUACUUCUACACCUACAUUGACCCGAUGAAGAUCGAGGCCCAGUUUGCGCACCCCGACUCCGACGAGCUGAAGAGGAAGGGGAGUUUCGACAAGAACAAAGUCCACGAUCCUCACGGGAAGCAGAGAAAGGACUCGGACUCCAGCCGGGAAGGAGACAGAGCCGCCGAAACUAAGAUGUAAAGCUUGUACAGUUGUUGUUAUUUUGCGUUGAAAUUCAGUGCAUCCGGCUGCACGCGCAGUGGUUCGAGCAGGCGUUAGCCCCUCUGGAGCGGCUCCUUGUUUAAGCUUCUAUUUUGCCUAAA